CGGCACCAACUUUCUCCGUGGAAGAGUCAGCGAGAUGAAGAGCAGCGCCCGCCCGGCACCAUGCGCUCCAGGCUCCCACGGACCGCCUGCCUACUGCGACUCGUUGCGCUCCUCAUCCUCCUCACGCACACCGCAGCUUAUUUUGGGCUGACAGGCAGGGAGCCUUUGGUGUUUCUACCUGCUCCGUUCUCCAACGAGCCUCCGAACGGCAAGGCCCACCUGAAGCAGUGCGAGCAGAUGACACUCACCCGGCGCCAGAAGCGUCUGUGCCGCCGGGAGCCCGGACUGGCCGAGACGCUCCGGGAGUCGGUGCGGCUCAGCCUGCUGGAGUGUCGGUACCAGUUCAGGAACGAACGCUGGAAUUGCAGCCUGGACGGUCGAGGGAGCCUCCUGAAAAGAGCAUUCAAAGAGACAGCCUUCCUAUUGGCAGUGUCCUCAGCAGCGCUGACCCAUGCGCUGGCCAAGGCCUGCAGCUCGGGUCGGAUGGAAAGGUGCACAUGCGACGAGUCGCCGGGCAUCCAGCACCGAGAAGCGUGGCAGUGGGGCGUCUGCGGGGACAACCUAAAAUACAGCACCAAGUUCCUCAAAAAGUUCCUCGGCCAGAAGAGGGUGAGCAAGGACUUGAGGGCGCAAGUGGACGCGCACAACAUCAACGUGGGAAUCCGGGCAGUGAAGAGCGGCCUGAAAACAACCUGCAAGUGUCACGGCGUCUCCGGCUCGUGUGCGGUACGGACUUGCUGGAAGCAGCUGUCUCCGUUCCACGACACCGGGCGUCUGCUCAAGUUCCGCUAUGACACGGCGGUGAAAGUGUUAAGCGUCACCAACGUGGCCACCGGGGAGACGGAAUUGGCCGGACCGCGGCGGCAAAGCCAGAGCCUUCGCACUACUGACGUGGUCUACUUAGAAGAUUCGCCCAGCUUCUGUAGACCUUCCCGAUACUCCCCGGGUACGGGUGGACGCUCGUGCGCCAAAGACACCAGCUGCGGGAGCCUGUGCUGUGGACGCGGCUACAACACGGCCAUGAGGCUCACCAGCCUGUCCUGCCACUGCCAGGUCCGCUGGUGCUGCCACGUGGAAUGUCAGACUUGCGUGAGGGAAGAAGAGGUGUACACCUGCAAGAACUAAACACGGAGACCAAAAAUAAAAACUGCCCUCCAUCUAAACCACACUUUACGAGAUGCAUGUUAUUUUGAGAGGAAUAAAUCAUGUGUAUGAGGAUGUUUCCACCGCUUUUGUUCGCAACUGAUGCACUGAACCUUCUGGAAAAGAGCUCUUAGAACUGGUACCGAACUGGACGUCAAACGCAGCCUGCAAUAACUUUUACACUUGACUAUUUAUUGGUUCACCUUUGCUGCUGCUGCUUCAUGCUGUAACCAUUAAAGUGUCACCACAAAGAUUGAAAAACUCAGUCAAACUGUCUGUCCUGUUCACUGCUGUAGUAGAAGCACUUGGUUCAAAACAAAAGACGUGUACAGGAGAGCCACUGGGGAUGAUGGUGCAGAAAGCCGUGCAGGGUUUCGGUUGCUAUUAUGGAAAUAUCUAUGGAAAUCUCAACAUGAAUGUGCACUCACGGCAAACAAAGUAGGUUAACAGAGAGAAGGUCUUCAAAUGCACAGGAAUAAAAGGAGCCCCUUUUUUUCCUCUGCCAUCAAAGCAUGUUUCAAAUUGCCUGACUCGAUCGCUAAUUUGACUCUAAUUCAGCUACAUGGUUGUCCUUUGUAGUCGGAGCAUUUAUCCCCCUCCCCCAAAAGCAAUUGAAAGAAAAUCACCAGGCUCCAAAACAACAGGUCAAAAGUGCAUAUGUUAUCGGCUAUAUAUCGGCUAGUUUGUUUUCCUCUGACUGAAUCUGAGCUGUAAAUAUGAACUGGACAUAAACGUGUCUUGUGAAAAUGUGGAAUCUUUAUUUUCUACCUCACUGCAUCAUUUUUUUUUUGGCCGAAUAUCCAUGAGAUUGACGACCAGUGCAGUUAUUCAAUCUGUAAAUAAACCUUGUCUUUUGUUAACAAGGCCAGGUGACGUUUCUGUAAAUGUCUUUUCUCUAAACUGGAUAUGUAUUUGGAAUUUCAAAA